CAAAACCACAUUCUUCCACUUCAUAAGUUAACUUAUCAAACUAUGGAGUGAUGCCAAAACUCCAAACCAUCUUUAUACAUCCUACACAAAACCAAAGAAGCAAUCUAUCAGUAGUCUUCUUCUACCUCAUUAUUCUCAUUCAUCUUGUUUUCUCUUUUCUUCAUCUCCUAACCAUAAAUACUUGUUCAAUCAAGAAUAGAGAGAUAAGGAGUUAGGGUUUCAAUUCGCUUUGGGCAUUAAGACUUAUUUAGAUGGUGAUUUCUCAAGCUCUAUUAACUUCUAAUCUCCCUUAAUUAUGGUGGGGGACAGUUUUGAGAUUAAUGAACACUUGGAAGCGUAGAGAUCAGUAAUCAACGAAGUAGUCUCAUCCAAUUAUAUAAAGAAAUUACCUCCUACAGGUCAAUGAGUUGCCUAAGUUUACUCUAGGCAAAUAAUACAUUCUAAAGUUGGGAUCAUUCAUGGUGAAUCUAUAGAUAAACAAAAAAGUGAUGGACAACUAAAGAUGGAUGUACGUGACACGUCGUGUGUAUAUGGGAUAAAUACGUGAAAAGAUGAAGUUUUUCAGUAUAUACACCUCGAGUCAAGUAAUGCGUCUUCAGUAUAUACAACUAAACUAAAUGGAAGACGCAGAGUUUAAGGAAGCAACUCGUCAAACGGAUAAAAAAACUACCGUUUUAUGGUCUUACGGCUUCUUUCUCUUAACUUUUGCACCCGUACUCUUUGCUGUCAUUCUCUACCAUUUGGAACCUCUCGACCCGGCUGAGUUGCCCCUGCACCAGUUGACUCAGCCAGUGAUAACGCCGCCCCGAGUCAACAGCAAGUUACUUGAAGGUGCUGAAUUUAUUGGGGCUGGACAAUUGGUGGGUCCAGAAGAUAUUGCUUAUGAUGCAAAAACAGAGAUUAUAUAUGUUGCUUGUGCAGAUGGGUGGAUUAAGCGAGUAUUCCUCAAUAACUCAGAUGUGGAAAACUGGGUUUACCUCGGUGGCCGACCUCUUGGACUCGCUUUUGGCUUAAAUCAACAACUUAUUGUUGCCGAUGCUUACCAGGGUGUAUUGAAGCUUAGUAUGGAAGGAAAGGUGGAGGUACUCACAGAUGAAGUAGAAGGCAGAAUAUUAAAAUUUGCAGAUGGAAUUGACGUUGCCAAAGAUGGCAUGAUUUAUUUUACAGAAGCUUCGUAUAAAUAUAACCUUUCCCAGUUUAUUUUCGACAUUUUGGAGGGGAAGCCACAUGGUAGUUUGAUGAGCAUUGAUCCUGUUAGUAGAGAAACCAAAGUUCUGGCUAGAGACCUUUACUUUCCUAACGGUCUUCAAGUUUCUCCUGAUCAAAAUUCCGUCAUCUUUUGCGAGACACCCAUGAGGAGAUGUAAGAAGUACAUCCGAGCUGGGGAUAGAAAAGGAUCCCUGGAAAGUUUUGUUGAUAAUUUGCCAAUUUUACCUGAUAAUAUUCGAUAUGAUGGAGAAGGUCUUUACUGGAUUGGAUGUCCUACGUUUGCAAAACCAUAUUGGGACAUAAUAUUGAAAUAUCCAAUCCUCAGAAAAAUAUUGGCAAUAGCAAUAAAAUACAACAUUAAUCUACCAACAAUGGAGAAAAAUGGUGGAAUAUUAGCGGUUGAUUUGGAGGGAAAAACAGUUGCUCACUAUUAUGAUCCAAAUUUGAUGAUGAUUACAGGUGGAAAUAAGAUUGGAAACUAUCUCUAUAUUGCCUCUCUUCACUAUCCUCAUAUUUUACGUCUUGAUUUAUCUACACAUGCUGCAAAAUAGCUCUCUUUCUAAUUACAAUCAAUAUAUGUUGUCAAAUUUCUUGUUUAUUUUUUUUAAUUACUAGCUUUACGCUUCCUUUCGACUCGAGAAAUGAAAAUAAUAAUAUGAAAUAAAUACGACAUGUUUGGUUGGUUUAUCA